AUGGCCAACAUCACCACCCUACCACCAUCCCCAAUGUCGUCCCCCAACAUGCAACACAUACCAGAAACCUGGAUCCAGCGCCUCGCCGCUAUCGAGCGCGACUACGCCCUCGCCCCCAUCUCCAUCAGCGACAUCGCCUGGCACAUCGAAACCGCCUUCGAGCGUCUCCGCACCAUCGGCAGCCUCCUCGACAACUUCGACACCUUCGAUCCCGGCGAAGGCAGGCGCGACAAGAAGCACACGCUGCGCAUCAGGGUCAGAGGCUUUGAUGCGCUGCGCAAUGCGAUGAUCAAGAAUAAUGAUCAGGACUUUGCGGAGGUCAUGGUGGGCAGGGUGCUGGAUUUGGGCAUGCAGAUGAGGAGUAAGGCGGUGGAGCUGAAUGGCGAGGAUUUUGCUUAG